AUGGACGUCUCCUGGAACUACUUUCGUCUCCAUCUCGUCUUCUUCACUGUCCAUCCCGUCCUCUGGUCCGCGGUCCUCUACGCAGCCAAUGGCCGAUAUCCCGUGUCCUACCUCGACUCUUUCUUUCUGUGUUUCUCUGCCCAGACCGUGACGGGGCUGACCACGGUCAACCUCAGCUCGCUCACCGCUUUCCAGCAGGCCAUCCUCUACUGGCUCAUGGUGUCUGGCAGCUACACCACCACCAGCUGGGUCAUGGUCAUGGCUAGGCGCUAUUACUUUGUUCAGAAAUGCGCGCACGUCAUCAAGAAGGACCCCAGCCGUCUCAACAAGAGAUUCGAGCGCUUACGCUCGAAAACUAUGGACGUCUGGCGCAGCACCACGAACGCCCCCGGCGUCUCCGAAAAGUCCCCCGACAGGGGCAAUGGUGUCACGACCGCCGUGCAUUCCCCUCCUGCCAGCGGCCCGGUCUCGGAGCAGGACUUGACAACUCAAGUCCACCACGAAGCGGAGCCCUCGUACACAAACACCUUGGUCGGGGUCCCGCUGGAGCGCACGCAGUCCCCCUCCUCCAUCGGCAGCUUCCAGCCCACCACGGUAGCCUUCGCCGAGGCCGACGGCCCCCGCCGCCAGGUCCUCCGCACAGCAACGGGCCUCACCAACCGCUCCGCCCGCCGCCCUCCGCGCCUGCAAACCCACGCGCCGACGAUCCUCGCGCCCAAGUCACCCACCGAAUCGACGCACGAGCGCGGCUUCGGCGGGUUCGCGGGUCCCCUGACGCUCACGGGCAAGCUCGCCGCGCGCGUCGCGCCGGGCGUCGUGCGGGCGCUCGAGCGCAAGCUCACGCUGCCCGCGCACGGCGCGGUGCUCACGCCCGCGUCGCAGUCGACGCUCGUGGGUGCCGGCGACGAGGAGAGGAAGCGGGCGGAGAGCCGGGACUGGCUGGACGACGUCGGGGCGCUGCACGCAAAGACGGUGAGCUACCUCAAGAAGGGCGCGCUCUGGGUCGGCCGGAACUCGUUCUUCGACGCGGAGCAUCUCAGCGACGAGCAGCUCGAGGAGAUCGGCGGCGUGGAGUACCGCGCGAUCAAGUUUCUGUCGUGGCUCGUGCCUGCGUAUUUUAUAGGGACACAGCUGUGCACGUUCAUCAUAUACACGGCGUACCUCGAGUCGGUGCAUACCUACGACUCCGUCUUCGCCGCGCUCUUCCGGCCGGUUCCCAAAGCAUGGUUCUCGGCGUUCCAAGCGCUGAGCGCGUACACGGGCGCGGGGAUGACCCUCGUCGACCAGGGCAUGGUGCCCUUCGUGUCGUCGUACACCAUGAUCAUAUCCCUCGGGAUGCUCAUCAUGGCGGGGAACAUGCUGAUGCCGGUGUUUCUGAGACUUAUCGUCUGGAUCAUAUUCCGCAUGCUGCCGGAAGGCUCGUCGACUCGGGAGCCGGUGCAGUUCCUCCUGGACCACCCGCGGCGGUGUUACCUCUACCUCUUCCCAUCGCAUCAGACUUGGUUCUUGGUCGCUGUUUUCAUGUUUUUGACGGCGAUCGAAUGGGCGGGCUUUGAGCUGUUUGAUGUCGGUUUGCCAGUGGUCGACAACAUACCUCGGGGUCCACGAGUACUUGCCGGCCUAUUCCAAUCCCUCGGAGUCCGCGCUUCCGGAUUCUCCAUCGUCUCCAUCGGCUCUCUCGCACCCGCAACGACCCUCCUGUACAUCGUCAUGAUGUACAUCUCCGCGUACCCGAUCGCGAUGUCCAUCCGCUCGACGAACGUGUACGAGGAGCGCUCGCUCGGCGUGUUCCAGGCGACGGCCGAGGACGAGGCGGAGGAGCCCAAGGGCGAGAUCUUCAGCAAAUACCUCGGGUGGCACGUCCGCCGCCAGCUGGCGUACGAUCUGUGGUGGCUCGCUGCGGCGGUGCUGCUCAUUUGCAUCGUAGAGAGGGGGAAUAUCAUGAACCCGGAGAAUGAUACGUGGUUUAACCAGUUCUCGAUUCUCUUUGAGAUUGUGUCUGCGUAUGCGACUGUGGGCUUGUCCAUGGGUAUACCGACCCAAAAUUACUCCUUCUCGGGUGCUCUGAAGCCGCUGUCCAAACUCGUUAUAUGUGCCGUCAUGCUCCGAGGACGGCACCGCGACCUACCCGUAGCCGUUGACCGUGCUGUGCUACUUCCGCAAGAGUUCAGCAGGGUAUCCACCGCUGGGCGGAAUCACAUUAUACCCGAAAACGAAGAUUUCACUGUUUUGUCUCCGGUGGACGAACCGCACCAUACCGCGGCAUGA